CGACAGGGGGCGUUUAAGAAGCCGAAAAUGCCACUGAAGAUGAAACGAAUUUACGGGACUGCCACUACCCGUCAAUGCCAAUGGUCUCUAGUUGUUCACUCGUGUAUAAUUGGAGGUAGUUCCUGGAAUCACAGCGUGGCUUCCAUGGCAGAUUCCGAACUAACCCCAUAUAUGGCCUUUUGACUUGCAGGUAGCUCUCCUUUUUCUUUCCCUGUUUUUUCAAAUUCACUCCCUUCUCCACAUCACCCUAAUUUCAAUUCAGCUCAUGCUUCCGCAUCUCAUCUUAGAAUCCCAGAAACACAGACUCUCUCCUCUGAUGCUUCAGUUUUCCUUCAUUUUACUUGCCCUAUACUGAAAUCUGGUACUUGGGUUUCUCUUCCUUUCGUUUAUUUCUUUUGGGUUUCUUUUAUUUUCUUGUCUCUUUUGUUUUCUGUUUGGGAGGUAUUGAAUGUGGUGUCACUUGUCAUCAGUGGUUUUAGAUACUUGCCUGCUCCGUACAUCAAUCUGUUCAUGAAAUCAGAUGUAGUUUUUCUUCUCGCAGUUUCUGUUUGAUAAGCUUGCUCUUAUUGUUUGGUCUAAAAUUACGAGCCUCCCUGGGCAGACCCAUUUUAUUGUUGUCCUCAUUGGGGAAGAAGCUCUUGUAGUUAGUGUCCAUACCGUUCAAGCCCCUUCCUAUGCAUUCCUGUUCUGUGUAUGUGGUAUUUUGUAUAUCAUCUACUUUGUAUGUUGGGCUGAGCCAUUCUUAUACUUGAUUGAAAAUUGUGUUUUGGUUAUCUACUUUACAUUUAAAUCCCAUUUUGUAUUUUUAGUUUAUACUUGUUGCUCCUGUCAAUUUUACUUAAUUAGUAGUACCAGCUGAGCUCCCUCAUCAUACCUCAAAUCCGAUUUCUGGGUUUACCAUCAAUAUCUGUAAUCUGUGCAUUACUCAACCAUUUAUAUGUGAAACCCAUUCUCCAACUUCAUGCUAGCUUGUUGAGGCAGUAGUAGGCAUCAAUGUCAAUCAUAUGUGGCCUGCCUCUCCUUGAGUGUGUUUACUGCCUGGCAUGUGCUCGCUGGGCAUGGAAACGGUGUCUCCACACUGCAGGUCAUGACAGUGAAACUUGGGGCCAUGCCACUGCUGAAGAGAUUGAACCUAUCCCUCGCCUAUGCCGCUACAUUCUCGCUGUCUAUGAAGAUGAUCUUUGGCAUCCCCUAUGGGAACCUCCUGGAGGCUAUGGAAUUAAUCCAGAUUGGUUACUUAUGAAAAAAACUUAUGAAGAUACUUGUGGGCGAGCCCCUCCCUAUAUUUUAUAUCUUGACCACGACCAUGCUGAUAUAGUUCUUGCCAUUAGAGGCCUCAACUUGGCAAAAGAGAGUGAUUAUGCAGUUCUGCUGGAUAAUAAGCUAGGCCAAAGGAAAUUUGAUGGUGGCUAUGUUCACAAUGGGCUUUUGAAUGCAGCGGCAUGGGUUUUGGAUGCAGAAUGUGAGGUUUUGAGGGAAUUGGUGGAGAAGUACAUGAAUUAUACUUUGACUUUCACUGGACAUUCUCUUGGAUCGGGUGUGGCAGCAUUAUUGACAAUGGUGGUUGUGCAAAACCGGGAUAGAUUGGGUAAUAUUGACAGGAAGAGGGUCAGAUGCUAUGCUAUUGCACCAGCCAGGUGUAUGUCAUUAAAUUUGGCAGUGAGAUAUGCAGACGUAAUCAAUUCAGUUGUCCUUCAGGAUGACUUCUUGCCCCGCACAGCCACCCCAUUGGAAGAUAUAUUCAAGUCACUUUUCUGUUUGCCAUGCUUAUUAUGUUUGAGGUGCAUGAGGGAUACAUGCAUACCGGAGGAGAAGAUGCUCAAAGAUCCAAGGAGGCUAUAUGCACCCGGUCGCCUAUAUCACAUAGUUGAGAGAAAGCCUUUCAGGAUGGGCAGGUUUCCCCCUGUUGUGAGGACAGCAGUGCCUGUAGAUGGGAGGUUUGAGCACAUUGUCCUUUCUUGUAAUGCCACUUCUGACCAUGCUAUCAUAUGGAUAGAGCGGGAAGCCCAGAGGGCUGUGGAUUUAAUGCUAGAGAAGGAAAAGAUUACGGAAAUUCCUCCAAAGCAACGGAUGGAGCGACAGGAAACUUUAGCCAGAGAACACAGUGAGGAGUACAAGGCUGCACUACAGAGGGCUGUUACUCUAGCUGUGCCACAUGCUUACUCACCUUCACAGUAUGGCACUUUUGAUCAGCAGGAGGGGGAGAUUUCAAGCAGAUCAAGUGGGGAAUCCUCUAUUGGCUCAUCUAUGAAAAACGAGAAGGGAGAAAGUUGGCAUGAGUUGAUUGAACGUCUUUUUGACAAGGAUGAUUCGGGUCAUAUGGUGCUCAAGAAAUCACGUAGUGAUAAGUGAUGUUGUAAUUUGAAGGAAAACUUAAAAGAAAAUCAUGUAAGAGAGAGAGAGAGAGAGAGAGAGAGAGAGAGAGAGAGAGAGAGAGAGAGAGAUGAUUAAGUCUUUGGAGAACAUUAUUUGUUGAUUCAUUUUUACUUUUUCCCUAUCGAUAAUAAAAUGGUGUUUUUGUGUGA